AUGGCGCAUCGGGGGCGUUUGAACGUGUUACACAACGUGUUCGGCAAACCCUUGGGAGCGAUAUGCGCGGAAAUCGUAGACGAUAGGUCAUCAUUUCUAGUCGGAGACGUUCGAUACCAUCUCGGCGCGCGAGCCGUUGUGGACGUCGACGUCGAGCGAGGAGCAAAGCAAGUGGCGCUGACUCUGGUGCCGAAUCCGAGUCAUUUGGAAAUGGUCAACGCCGUCGUCAGCGGCGUGGUUCGCGCGAAACAGUUCAAGCGUGAUUCACAAACCGAAGGUGCGAGCGCGCGGGCGCACGUUCUGCCCUUGCUGUUGCACGGCGACGCGUCAUUUUGUGGGCUCGGACAAAACGGCGAGGUGAUGCAGUUGCAAGACUUGCCCGAUUACACCACCGGGGGCACGGUGCACGUGGUGGUGAACAACCAGAUCGGUUUCACCACUGUGCCUCGACGCGCGCGCUCGAGUCCACACCCGAGUGACGUCGCGAAAGCCUACGGCGCGCCGAUCAUUCACGUCAACGGCGACGACCCUGACGCCGUCGUCUCCGCCAUGCGCUUGGCUGCGGACUAUCGAGCUGAAUUUCAAUCCGACGUCGUCGUCAACUACGUGUGCUACCGUCGAUUCGGUCACAACGAGCUCGAUGAUCCAUCCAUCACACUUCCGCUCAUGUCUCGAAGAAUUGAAGCCACCCCGAGAGUGGCGGAGAAUUACGCCAACGCGUGCGUGGCGGAGGGCAUCCUGAGCAAGGAUGAGCUCGACGACUUGCGUCGAGGGAUGGAGAAGGAGUUCGCCGCGGAAGGUGCCACGCACCAAGACUUCAUUCGAACUACCGAAUCGUGGCUCGCGUCGACGCGAGCGGUCUCUACAGGCGUAUCCGGUCGCGAAGCUCGCGUGACGGCGGCGGGCACCGGGAUGCCGAUUGAUGCGCUGCAGAAGAUUUGCCACUCCAUCACUACGCCUCCCGAGGACACUGAUUUUAUGCUUCAUCCACACGUCAAGGCGAUGUUCGAAGCGCGUCGACGCGCCAUGGAGCCCGAUGUCCAGGUAGGUGCAGGGCAAAUCGAUUGGGCGACCGCCGAAGCGCUCGCUUUUGCGUCGCUUCUCAUGCACCCAUGCGAAAAGCGAUGGGAAAAUCACGUCCCGUGUGGGCAAGAUUGCGUUCGAGGAACCUUCAAUCAACGUCACGCCGCGGUGUAUUGCAAUCGCACGUCGCAUGAACACGUGCCGCUGGACAAUAUGAACAUGGGUCCGCAAGACAAAUUCACCGCUGCGAAUUCCCCACUGAGCGAACACGCGGUGUUGGGAUUCGAGUACGGUUUCGCAUCCGAGAUGGGUAAAGAAGCGCUCGUGCUUUGGGAAGCACAGUUUGGCGACUUCGCAAACAACGCGCAGGUCAUCAUCGACCAAUAUAUUUGCUCGGGCGAAGAACGUUGGGGUCAGCGAAGCGACAUCGUUUUACUCUUACCGCACGGGUAUGAGGGUCAAGGCCCGGAUCACUCCACAGCACGCCCCGAACCCUCUGUCAUGGCGCAGGCCAACUUCGUGAUGGUGCAGCCAUCGACGCCGGCGCAAUACUUCCACGCGCUUCGGCGGCAAAUAAGCUCUCCGCACUCAAAACCACUUGUCGUGCUCACGCCCAAAACGCUUCUGCAUCACAAGCACUGCGCGUCCAAGCUCAUGGACUUUGCGCCGAAGUCUUCGUUCCGGCGCGUCAUCGCCGACGGCGACGCGGGAGACGACGUCACGCGUCACGAAAACAUUCCGCUCAAACCGAACGGCGAGAUCAAACGCGUGAUUUUGUGCACGGGCAAGAUUUAUUACUCGCUCGCCAGGCAACGCGCGGCGAAGAAGAUCGACGACGUCGCCAUCAUUCGAUUGGAGCAGCUGUUCCCGUUUCCUCACGACGCCCUGGCGCGUCGAUUACAGCGCUAUCCCAACGCCCAUCUCGUCUGGGCGCAAGAGGAGCCGAAAAACAUGGGUUACUGGUCUUUCGUCGCUCCGCGCAUCGCCACAACCGAGCGCGCCACCCGCGUCCGCGCGUCUGUCGACGAAGAAAACAGACGCGUUCGAUUCGUCGGCCGCCCGCCGAGCGCCGCGCCGGCGACCGGUUCGCUCGCCAUUCACAACGCCGAAAACGCGCGUCUCAUCGCGCAAGCCUUGAACGCGCGCGACGACGACGACGCCAUCGCGUAGCAGCGCGCCGCCGUCACCUUUAUUCGCCAUCGCCGCGCCU